CGCUACUCGUUUGGGUGUUCACUCGUUGAUAUGUAGAAAUUUUAACUGGCAUUUUUUGCUUAACGGCGUCCCAUUCGUUGUUGGACUGUCAAAGUGAUUAGUUGAACUUCUGUAUUCAAUAUUUAAGCUGAGAUUUUCUGGUUUGCCAAGUCAGCAUCUUUAAAUAGCCGUGAAAUUUUAAAACGCUUCUAGUGCGUCAAUUUACGAAUUUAGAUUUUAUUGUAAACCAAACUUCAAAGCAAACAAAAUGUGUGACGAAGAAGUUGCUGCCUUGGUUGUUGACAACGGUUCCGGUAUGUGCAAGGCCGGUUUCGCUGGUGAUGAUGCACCCCGCGCUGUCUUCCCUUCAAUUGUGGGUCGCCCACGUCAUCAAGGUGUGAUGGUUGGUAUGGGUCAAAAGGACUCGUACGUCGGUGACGAAGCACAGAGCAAACGUGGUAUCUUAACCCUGAAAUACCCCAUUGAACACGGUAUUGUAACCAAUUGGGAUGAUAUGGAAAAAAUCUGGCAUCACACCUUCUACAAUGAACUGCGUGUCGCUCCCGAGGAACACCCAGUCUUGUUGACUGAAGCCCCCUUGAAUCCAAAGGCUAACCGUGAGAAGAUGACACAGAUCAUGUUCGAAACAUUCAACACACCCGCCAUGUAUGUGGCCAUCCAGGCCGUACUUUCUCUGUACGCUUCUGGUCGUACCACUGGUAUUGUGCUGGAUUCUGGUGAUGGUGUCUCCCACACUGUUCCAAUCUAUGAAGGUUAUGCCCUGCCACACGCCAUCCUUCGUUUGGAUUUGGCUGGUCGCGAUUUAACCGACUACCUAAUGAAGAUCUUGACUGAACGUGGUUACUCAUUCACAACCACUGCCGAACGCGAAAUUGUUCGUGACAUUAAGGAGAAAUUGUGCUAUGUCGCACUCGACUUCGAACAAGAGAUGGCCACCGCUGCAUCCAGCUCGUCAUUGGAGAAAUCAUAUGAAUUGCCUGAUGGUCAAGUGAUCACCAUUGGUAAUGAACGUUUCCGCUGCCCAGAAGCUCUCUUCCAACCUUCCUUCUUGGGUAUGGAAGCCUCCGGCAUCCACGAAACCACAUACAACUCCAUCAUGAAGUGCGAUGUUGAUAUCCGUAAGGAUCUGUAUGCCAACACUGUGCUGUCUGGUGGUACCACCAUGUACCCAGGUAUUGCUGACCGUAUGCAGAAGGAAAUCACCGCUUUGGCUCCAUCAACAAUGAAGAUCAAGAUCAUUGCGCCACCAGAACGCAAAUACUCCGUAUGGAUCGGUGGUUCUAUCCUUGCUUCUUUGUCUACCUUCCAACAGAUGUGGAUCUCGAAACAGGAAUACGACGAAUCCGGCCCAUCCAUUGUGCACAGGAAAUGCUUCUAAACUGGUUAAUGGUAUUUUACAUAACAUAACCAAACAAAAUUCUAGAAUUUUAAAGCAUUUUUUUAAGUUUUCAUUCAAAUGUAUUAUUUUCUAAUUAUUUAAAAUGUUACAAAAACUUGAGAGGAAAGAAUAAGAUUGGCAAACUCUUCUUGUCAUCCAUUCGUCUACGCACGAGUGGGACAUGAGGGGGACAUUAUAACCAAAAAUCUAAAA